AAAAGAGACGAUUAAGGCAAGUUCUAUUGCUAUUUCUUCUUUACCAUACAGUGUCUUUCUGGUCACCUGUUGUGCUUUUAGGUUUAUAAUAGAAUGGAACCACGAGUACUGUUGAUUGUCCUUACCAUGGUGUCUACACUACAGGCGCAAGGCAACCAGUGUAACGAAUGCUGUAAACUUCCGGAGGACCCGAUGUGUCAUGACCCGAGACUCGAGGUCUUUUACGAGUUCCAAGACCAAUGGCCGACUGGGUUCGUAAUGACCCCUUGCGGUCGGAAAUUCGCAUGCUACCCGGCGAGCAUUGACCCUCUCAACACCAACGACGGGUGCAACGGCAAGUACGCCGUGGCCGAACUCACCAAGUGUGGAGAGCUCCCUUACCCUAACCGCUGCAUGAACAACCCAUACGGAGGUGUCAUCAACUACUCGACUUGUCCACCAACGACAAAAGGCCUCCGGCAUCACUUCAUCAGCGUCAUAACGCUAGUUUACGUAAAAGAGGGCAAUAUUAUCCUCUGUUUGGACGUCGGCCGUGCCAGGGAUUGCAAACAGGUUCUCUACCAAGGGUCUUUGGGCGGGACCAAGGUGGUUGCGCUCAACCUAUGCAACGACUGUGUCGAACGCAUUUAUUAUUUUGAUGCCGAUGUGGCAACACCCACAUCGUACCUCAGAAGCAUGGCUGUGGACCCCAAGAGAAACGUGGCGUACAUCGCGGACGGAGCGAAAUCCACAAUUAUUGUGUUGGACUUGUGUGCCGGGAAAUCUUACAUCGCGUUCCAAGGGGAUAAAACCCUCUUGCCUAUUCCGAACUUUUUACCUACCAUUAUUGGUCAACCGUUGUACAACGUGGGGAACAGCACAUGCGGUCCACGUGGGAACAUCGUCGUGGGGGCUCUUGCGUUUGGUGUGUCCAUGGUGACUCUUUCGCCGGACGGGAAACUGCUAUACUACUCCCAGAUCAGUGGUCGGUUGCUUUAUUCUCUGUGCACGCAAGCCCUGUUGGACAAACUACCAUCUUCCGAAGUUGCGAAAACUGUGAGGUACCAUGGCAAGAAAGGGGUGUCCUUCACGAUACUUUGUGACAAGAGGGGCAGAGUUUGGUCCGGCUUUGCGGAGAAUGACGGGAUUACAGUCUACAACCCAAACUGUCCAUUCGCGAGGAACUUCAUGUACAUCCGUGACCCUCGAUUGAAUAUACUGUUUUCCUUGACUGAAGGGGAGGACGGUAAUAUUUAUUUCAUUGAUGACUCGUUGAGUGGCGUGGCGGUAUCGUACCCAGGAACGGGUCUUCCGUUUGUGGACAGGAGAAAGAAGCCGUACGUGGUGUUUAGAUUUAAGUCGCCUUGUGAGAGUCUCUGUCCGAGUUUUUGCGACCCGGCAACGCUGGGAUUACAAGUAUGCUCCUGUGGCUGUUGAGUCCAAGAAUCGGAAUGAAAUGGAGAUGUUGCAUGUGUGAGGAAUUUGUAAUUUGACUAUUGAUUUUUAUGUACAAGUUCGCGAGAAACAC